CUUGGUGUCGCUAAGGUCAAGCCCCACCGAACGAGUAUUAACUCGCCAUGCACCGCCUGUCUGCUUGAUCAGCUUUGCUCUUCCCUUGCCCGCAUCAUUCGCUCCUUCACGACUUGCUUCCUGGAUCGAUCGUGCUCUGCUUCAGACCCAGUCUUGGUCUCUAUCUCUGGCAGACCCUAGCCGAGUUGGAACGGCUCUGAUUUCAACGAGAAGAAUUGAUGGCCGGACCUGCAAGCCCUGACGCUGGACCGGACGAUACACAAGUCCCGCUUUUGCCUACAGGCUGGAUUGCCCAGUGGGAUUCUAGCUUGCGCAAGUAUUAUUACGUCCAAAUAUCCACAGGACAGUCGACGUGGGAGAAGCCCACCGAACCUGCCCCGGGCGCACCUACCGGUUCAGCGACAUCAACUCCAGCACAAGGCAAUCCCACGCAUCCCCCUCCAAUAGAUCACGUAAUGGACAGCGACGGCGAACACAAACGGGAUGGUCACAGAGGCAUGGAGAGCGACCAGCACGGAGAGAGCACUGACAGGGCUGGAGGUCUGAGUGGCUUCGCAAUGAACGCACUUCUAGGUGGUGGUAAGCAAAAUUCGGGCCACAGUGGUGGUUCCAAUAAUCUGGUAGGUCAACUAGCUGGUAGCUUUUUAGGAGGAGGAAAGCAGUCUCAUGGUGGAUCCAACGCUCACGGAGGUGGAGCAAGUGGACUUGUCGGUCAGCUGGCGUCUGGGCUAUUUAACUCAGGAAGUUCGCAUGGUGUAUCGCAAGGCCCCUCUGGACAGCAACACGGCUCAUCCAGCAGCGGUCAUACUUCUGGGAGUCUUGGAGGAAGCCUCGGUGGCAUCAUCGGUAGCUUGGUUAGUGGCUCCCAUGGACAGACACAUAAUAACCAGAACUUCGGCUAUGGUUCGACGGGCCAGACAGGCACCUACCAUGGCACUGCUCCAAGUGUGCAAUACCAACCACCAAGCCAGCUUUCGCACACUGGCGCCUAUUCAUCUCCUCCACCCUCGCAGCCGUACGGCGCGACACCCCAUGCGCAGAGCUCGUACAAUCCACCGCCGCCGCAGAGUCAAUACAGUGGUCAAACUCAUACUCCCUCGCCAUAUCCUGGACCGCAGAAUCAUAACGAACAGGCACAUGGCCAAGGUUCGCCCGAUGAGCCCUCGCACGGCUAUAGCGGUCAGCAGUACGGUCAUGGACCUAACUCAAGUCAGCCGCAGUAUGGUGUGACCCAGCACUACGGUGGUUCCCCACAAAAUCAGCAUCCGUCGUACCCGCUCAAUCAACAGUAUCCUCGCCCACAACAAGGGGGCUAUAGUCAGCAAGGCGGCUCAGGCCAUUAUCCACCACCACCAGGGCAAAACUACGCCCAGGCACCGCAUGAACAGCAUAGUGGUAGCUUGUAUGGCCACCCAUCCUAUGGCCAUGGUGGCCCGCAGAAUCAGCUCUACGGUGGUCAAGGUCAAUACAGUAGUAACCAUGGUACCCCUCCUCAACCGGGUUGGUAACCCCCUCGAAAUUUGCGCAUAGCAGAUGUAUAGGUGGGGAGGAGUUCAGGCAUAUCUUUGAGAUAUAUGAGGAUUUUUAACGAGAACUAGCUGCACACUACUGAAGGUGUACAGUGACACCUAGCUCUACAGUAAAUAGCCGGAAAACACUUCAGGCUCACAUCGAACAUUUUUAGUCUGAAGUUUGGACUUUUGCACGACUAAUUGUGACGACGCCCAGAAUUGAAAGCAGGACUCAAGAGAAUAGGGUAACGAGACAUCUCGUUGGGGAUCAUGCUUAUAGUUCGGCGAUGAGUAUAAGCAAGUGGUAUCGAAUGCUUCAUCAACGUAACACUUAUUUCUUGUUUUCUAUAUUUCUUUCCUAUGGCUUCUGUAUCUUUUUUUACCACCGCGAAACCAGGCACAAACUUCUUCAAUAUGCGUAGCUCAAUAGAACGAGACAGUCCAGUUCAUAUCCUCACAAUUUAUCGCUGCAAAGGUAGGGAAAGGAGCAAAACGCAUCUGAGGAUAUGAUCGACACAGGACAGUUAUGUACCACAGGAUAGCUUACGCAUACACUGUGUACAAAAUACUUAAAAAAAUGUAAAGUACCGGACCAAACCGGCCCAUGAGGAA